AUGCACGAGGUUGUGACAUUGCAGUUCGGGCAGCAAGCCAACUACAUAGGCACCCACUACUGGAACACGCAGGAAUCCUACUUCACGUAUUCUGGAGAAGAAGAGUUUCCCGUGAACCAUGACAUUUCCUUCCGGCCUGGGAUUGGUGCGGAUGGUGCAGAGACAUACACCCCAAGAACAUUGAUCUACGACUUGAAAGGUGCAUUCGGCACACUUCGAAGAGAAAAUGCCCUGUAUCAGCUCGAGCAACAAGAGCAUCCUCCUUCGCAAGGUCCGUGGAGCGGCAGUACGAUUCCACUCCAACUGUCUCCAAUCCCUCCCAGCCCGUACCAGCAAGCUCUUGAUCGUGGAGUGGAUCCUCCAACACUAACUACAGAUACUGUCCGCUUCUGGUCGGACUACAAUCACAUCUUCUAUCAUCCACGGAGUAUCGUACAGCUCAACGAGUAUGAGCUGAAUAGCUCGUUGAUGCCCUUCGAGCAAUGGCAGAAAGGUGAGGAGCUUUUCGCGAAUUUGGAUAGAGAGCAUGACCUUCUCGACCGCGACUUGAGGCCAUGUCUUGAGGAGUGUGAUCAGCUACAAGGCAUCCAGGUGCUGGCAGGAAUUGAUGAUGCUUGGGGUGGAUUCGCGUCCAAGUAUCUCGAGAGGAUAGGGGAUGAGCUUGGGAAAGGAUGUCGGUGGGUGUUUGGUCUGCAAGAUGCGCAACGAAGUGCACGAGAGCGACAAGCAUUGCAGCUGGCGAAUGUCGCGCAAUCGAUUUUGGUGAUCGAUCCAUCCGCCAGCAUGCAUAUACCUUUGGCCAGCACACCCUCAUCACUCCCACCAUACGUCUCUCUAGACGGUUCCAGCAAAUGGCACACAUCAGCGCUGGCCGCCGCAGCCAUGGAGACGGUCACUCUUCCAACACGACUUCGCGGUGACCAACCCUCCCGUGCCACAUUCGAUGCCCUCGAGUCGACCCUGAAUGGUGACGGCAUGCGGCGAAUCGCUGCUUGUACCCUCUCCAUCAAAGAUCCCAUGAGUCUGGAGGAGAGCUCACAACCGAACGGACAUUCAGACUCGCGAAUGACGAACGGCCACCUCCACGAAGACGAAUAUGAGGACGAAGAACCCGACGACAACCUCGCCGUCGACCUCUUCCCCCAACUCGUCCCCUCCAACACCCUCAUCAACAGAAACCGCACCCCAUCCCGCCCCCACACCUUCAGCAAAAUCUCCUCCCUCCGCGGCCCCUGGAAAACCACCACCCAGCUCCAAACCGCCCACACCCGCCUCCACGACCGCUUCUCCGCCACCGACCCCCGCAUCUCCCUCCACCAAUCCUCCCUCCUCUUCCCCAACCUCAGCUCCUACCCCACGAUCUUCAGAUUCCCCAGCCGACCCUCGAAACUCGCCGUCGACGCCUCACUAUCAACAUCCACCGCGAUCGCGGAGCGUGUGAGGGGGUUGGAGGGGUUCGCGAGACGGAUUGUCGGCGUGGAGGAUCGUGAAGCGCUGUGUGAUGGGUUGGCGGCUUUGGCGGAUGAGUAUGAGGAGGGGUGGAUGAGUGGGGAUGAGAGUGAGGAUGAUUGA